UCUUAUGUGAGUAACUACACCCCAACCGUCGUCUCAGCAUGAUCUCGACGAUCAAACACUAAAACCACCUCAUAGAAGAGUCUUCCAUAAACUUCGCAACACAGUGAUCCCAUCACUCUCCACAUUAUUCGGUUAUUCCUCUCCCCUCCCCCUCUAUAAAAGCCCCCUUUACACCUGACUAACACAUUUGCAAGAGCUAGCAGCAUCACAAGCAGCUUCGCUUCGUGGAUAGUGUUCAGAGCAUCAUCGCAGCAGCAACACAGAAGCACACAUGAGAUCCUUGGGCCCUCCUACGGUGAGCGUGAGCAUGGCCAAGGCCAACGGCGUUGGCGGCCAGCAGCAGCAGCCGGCGCCGGAGAGGAAGGAGAGCCUCAUCGGCACCGGCAGGUGCGGUGUGUUCGGCGGCUGCGGCUUCCGGAUGCCGCUGCACUACCCGCGGUACAAGAAGGCGGACUACGAGGCGAUGCCGGAGUGGCGCGUCGAAUAUCUGCUCCGGGAGUACGGCCUCCCCGUCGAUGGUGACCUCGACAGCAAGAGAAGGUUCGCCAUGGGCGCCUUCCUCUGGCCUGGCCAGUACUGAAGCUCUCCGGCCAUCACCUUCACUAAAUAUUCAGAGUCCGAGCUGCAUCUGCAUACUACAUGCAGUGAAUUAGCAAAAUAUAGCAUACAGAUAAUCAGCAGUACGCUACAUAUAGACACCACGAGUUUAUGUUAAUUUAUCAUCUGCUUGUAAUAUAUGGCAAUGCAUGAUACAUAGGACAGAGAGAGACAAUACAUGUUUCUUGCGGUAUUAGCUAUGGAAGAAGGUGUUGCGCUUAUUGGAGUCAGGUGUAAUGUGUUGUGUGCAUGUUGUUCGGAACUCUAACUCUGCUUGCGUAUUGCAACUAUAAAACACUUUGUGUUCAUUCC